GACAGACUACCUGGAAGGAGUUACAGGUGGGUCACUAGACCCGUGCACCUUGAUGCUGUAACAAAUACAUGCCCUAUUAAUUAAGAUGCAUUGGCUGUGGACUCAUUUUUCAAGUGAAGAGACCGAGAUAGAGCUUAUUCAUUUGUAGUCUGUUUGUACCAAGGUCACUGGUACUCAGCUGGGAAACUACAGAGAGCUCAUUAAGCAACUGAUGGGAACAGCUGAAAUAUUUCACAGGGAUUUGGAGCAUCACAGGCUCGUGGGACUAUUGACAUGUGACACAAGCCUGGGAGAACGUCACAUUCUUCAAGACCACUCACCACAACUGUCUGCAAUAUUGGUGCAAUCCACCUUUCUCCUCUCUUACAAAACAAAAAAUUCUAAACAACCGAAUAGACUGCAAAUGUCUGAAACAUUUAUAUCCAGGUCAAUAUGCAAAAAAUCAACAAGUUAUUCAGCUGUACAGUGCUACAAUAGCUAAAUAAUAUAAUUAAGUCAUUUAGCUUCACCCAUCCUUUAAUACAGGUGCCUGUUACAUUUACACCGUCCAUGUUUCCAUUCUUCCUUCAUAUGUAAUUAUUUUAUGUGAGGACAUUAUUUCUGAAUUUACUACUAUUUAUUGCAUAAUAAUAUUAGAUGCCCACUUCUACUUGUUUAUCUUGCUCGCACUGUUUGUACACCUGUCUGUCCCCGGCAGACCUUUAUUUCUACUCCUCCUUGUAGUUCUGUACUGCUGUGGCUACUUGUCGCACCUACCAUAAAGAAAUGACCACAAUUCUGUGAAUUGGAGAGGUGGUAAACUUUGCAAGAGAUCUGUAAGUGAACUUUUGUAAGGUGGAGAAUUAUGGCUGUAGAGAGCAUGUGUUAAACAUAUGCUACACAUGUGUCAGUUCAACAUCUGGCCUGGGAACAUAUGUUAAGAAUCCACUGGGGGCUGUAACAUCACAUCUACAUCAGCAAAGGAUAAUCAUCCCACAGCUCCUGCACUACGCAGAGAACAGUCCGCUAAAUUGCUUCCCGACACAGUGAAAUGUGAGAAAAUGUAGGAACGAUAGAGAGGGGAAGUAACAUAAAGUGAAUGGUGGACAAUGGACACCCCUAAAACAAUGUGAGUGAUACAUAAGCAGAAAAGAAAUGAAGUUCCAAAAGAAAACAGGAACAAUGUCUAAAACAUGGAGAACAUUUAUCGCUUUAUUCAUACAGAUGAACAAAAGCAGCAUAAACUAAUUAUACAGGCGGUUAAUAUUGUAUAAAAAAAUAUAUAAAAAGACUUUCUUUUUAUCGACAGUUUCUGCAGUGGUCUGCUAGUGUGCUCAUUUAUUGCAUCUGGAGCUCUGGGUGGUGGGAACCAAGAUGCGAUGCUUGGAGAUACCUCUUUUGACUUUUUUCUUCUUCUCCUGUUGGGGUAGACCCCAUAGAGAAGAUCCCAUUCUUCAGUACAAACAGGAAUUGGUUCUGAGGGCAGAGCGGCUGCGGGAACUAUCUAUGAAAGAUUCCUGCAGAGUUGGUCAAGAUAAAAGAACGUUGGUCAGUCUCCAUCGCCAUUCCCAUGAAGUAUACCCUACGCGAGAGCAAUGGUAUGGAACAGGAGCCAGGGGAUUUGGAAGCCAAAAACACGAUGGAUCAGAUGAAUGUUGCUUAGAGACGCAAAAGGAGGAAAAAAACUGUGAUAAAAGCAGGAACGCAUCAGCUAAGUUGGAAAACAGAACUCUAUGGAAUAUGAUCCACAAUGACAGCUAUCAUAAACUAAUUUCUAAAAAGUCUCACAAACAGUCCCUCAGGAGAAGUACUAGAACAGUUAAAGGACAGGUUGUUCCACUGACAGUAAAGAGAAGAUACCCCCGAGAUACAGAAUUACUCAACACAAAGAGGAUAUUAUCAAAUUACUCCGUACAGUUUGCACUGCAUGAGAAGAGUUCUGUUGAUGGUUCCCUCUACUUUCCUGGAGGACACAAUCAGUUGGUAUUAAACCCAGACACUGAGCUGCAAAUACCUCGAGAAAUUUUCACUGUAGAACUGUGGGUGAAGCCAGAUGGAGGGCAAAAUGAUCCAGCAGUCAUAGCAAGCAUGUUUGAUAACUGCUCACACGUUGUGAGUGACCGUGGUUGGUCUAUUGGGAUACGUCCAGCUGUCCUUGGAGCUAAGAGAGAUGCACGUUUCUACUUCUCACUCCGGACUGACCGCUCUCAAAGUGCCACCACCUUGCUGUCUCCACAUCGCUACAAACCUGGUACCUGGACUCAUCUUGCUGCCAGCUAUGAUGGGCAACAAAUUUUACUCUAUGUGGAUGGGGUGCAGGUUUCUAGAGCAAAAGGUCAAUUGGGUCCACUCCAUAGCCCUUAUAUCUCCUUAUGUAGAUCUCUCAUGCUCGGAGGAGACAACUCAGACACUGGUAAUCACUAUCGUGGUCACCUAUACUCUCUAAGCCUUUGGCCAGAAAUUAGAACUCAGCAUUAUUUAAGAAUGAAAGCCUUAAGAGACUCUUCUCAAAGGUCCCAAAUGUCACCACUACUGCAGAGCCUCUCCUUAAUGUCCAGUAAUAUGUGGAGUCCAUAUAAAGAUGGUGGAUAUCCAGAAGUAUUUACAGGGCUCAUACCACAAAAAGACAUAAUCUCUUCUAUUUUACUACCUCCUUGUGGGAGAACUCUUUGCGAUUUGCCAGAUGUGACUGCUGAGUAUAGCCGCCCUGGGGUUAAAUGGGAAAAUGAGAUCCAUUACCGGGUCAUAAAUUUGUGUGAAGAUGAUGGAUCCAGACCAUUGGUUAGUUCCCAACAGAUUCAAAGGCAGCAUCAGGCUUUGUCCAAUGCCUACAGUCCACAUGGCAUUCAUUGGCAACUUAAUGUAGUAGAGAUUAAUAAUUCCAGCCUGCGGAAUCGAGUAGUGUUGCCUGGCUGUGAGCCAGGGAGAGUCGGUAAUGACCAAUGUGACCCUGAGUGUAAACACCCCCUUACUGGCUAUGAUGGUGGAGACUGUGGUUUCUUCAGGCCUUGUAGUUCCAGGAAGAAAGGUGAUGGGGUAUGCCACCUUGAAUGCAACACAGCACGGGAUGACUACGAUGAUGGAGACUGUUGCCCAAGCAAAGAAACCGGAUAUAGUUCAAAGACCUGCUUUGAUCCUGAUGCACAAGGAAGGGCAUACUUGAGUGUAAAGGAACUGAGGGACGCCUUGCAGCUGAACAACACCUUGUUCCUGAACAUUUUCUUUGCUGGUUCCGCAGGGGAGGAGCUAGCCGGUGCCGCCACCUGGCCAUGGGACAAGGAUGCCCUCAGUAUUCAAGGGGGAUUAGUCUUGAACCCAUCUUAUUAUGGAAUGCCGGGCCACACCAACACCAUGAUUCAUGAGGUGGGUCAUGCCCUUGGACUUUACCAUGUAUUUAAAGGUGUAAGUGAGAGGGAAUCUUGUGAUGAUCCCUGCAGUGAGACUGAACCUUCCAUGGAGACAGGGGACCUGUGCGCUGACACCGCGCCGACACCAAGAAACAAGUUGUGCCGUGAUCCAGACCCAACGAAUGACACCUGUGGGCCAAUGUUUUACACUGGAACCCCUUAUAAUAACUACAUGAGUUACACAGAUGAUGACUGUGCCAACAGCUUCACCCCAAACCAAGUUGCCCGGAUGCAUUGUUACAUUGAUCUCAAAUAUCAAGGUUGGACUAAGUCUAAGAAACCUUCCCCUGUUCCUUUGGCACCUAUAGUAAUCAAACAGAGUCCGGAUUAUCUCACCAUUCACUGGCUACCUCCUAUCAGUGGAGAACUGUAUGAAAGAGAGUCAGGAUCAGUGUGUGGGUCCUGUACAGCUGACGGAGCAUUUCUGCAGUAUGCACACCAGGCCUCCUCCCCGCGUGUGUGCGACAACUCCGGCUACUGGACUCCUGAAGAAGCACUCGGACCUCCAGAUGUCGACCAGCCCUGCCAACCGAGCGUACAAGCAUGGAGUCCCGAGCUACACCUGUUCAACACUAAUAUGUCUGUACCAUGUACUUUGCCUCAUGGGUGUAUGCUGGAGCUCCACUUCUUGAAGCCUGUUCAACCCCAGGCAAUUACUAUAUGGAUAACCUACCUUUCUCCCAAUUUAUCCAGCUCACUGUCAGACAUUGAGUUAGUAACAGAACACAAUGAGUCUUUGCACCUGGGAAGUAUGGAAGCCUUUUGUGAUACUCCACUGACCAUCAGGUUGACCACUGUCAAGAACGUUGCAAGAGUCCGUAUUUAUACAUUUGAUGCCCGCAUGGAGAUAGAUGCAGCUCUCCUGGUGUCCAUGCCUCAUGACCCUGUUUGCUCAUCUUGCAGACCGAUAAAGUACAGGGUACUCAGGGAUCCCCCUUUCCUGAGAGAUCGUCAUUUCACAAAGACCCAAACCCAACGCUUCUUCACAGACACGGAAGUGGCACUGGGCCAGAAAUAUCAAUAUCAUGUGCAGGUGGUUGCCGGAUCAGCAGUGGGAGAGUCUUCUCCUCCACUCACUCUCAUUCACGGGGACCCUUUCUGUGGAGAUGGAGAAGUUAACGCAGAGCUGGGAGAGGAAUGUGACGAUGGUGCACUAUAUAACGGGGAUGGCUGUUCUCAAAAGUGUCAACUGGAAGAAAACUACAUCUGCCGAGGAGAGCCCAGUCUCUGCUCUCUAGUCAGUGAGGAUGAUGGCGGUGAUUUUCUAGAUGACAGCAUUGUGGUGUCUGCUAUCUGUGGAGGGGAAACAUCACAGGAAUACCAUGAACAAUGGGCUAGUCAGGCUGUGGCUUCACAUGAAGACCCCCGAGAGUGUCCCGCUUCUGCACUCAUUGGGGAGCCCCUGCAAAAGGACUGCCUGCCUUUCAAUGGGGUCUCGGGUACCCAGUUGUCUUCAUGGUUCCCCUGUAACGUCUUUCUGGAACAGCGUGUCUGGUUAAAGGUCAGCUUUGCUAAGCCCAGUCUUGCAGAUUCAUUCUGUAUAUACCUGUCUUCUGAUGGCAGCCUUCCCAACAGCACUCCAAUGGCCACAGUCACUGCACAUCUGACUGAUGCAAUGGGACAGAAUCAUUCACUUGGAACUCACAAGCUUUCAUGUCAGAAGAAUCCUGUGGUUCUGAGUGGACUUCAAAGUUCCAGGAGUCCUAUGUACAGUGCAGCAUCACUCACACUGGACUUCUCCUCCCCACUCAUUGGAGUACUUGGAGUGGCCCUUAGGUCUCCAGCUAAUGCCAGCCAUCCAGGCAUGGAAGCAAAUCAAAAGUCCAUUGGGAACAAUUGCAGAUCGUGUUCCCCAUUGUAUGUGGCACAUGGGUCUACUGAAUGCUCCACAGAUCUGGAUGGAGAAGCCCAGUGCUCGGUGACAUGUGACGAGGGUCAUGUCCUCUAUGCUGUCAGCAAGACAGGACGUAAAGUCAUACAGGAUGCUGUGCUGAAAUGCUCUGCCGGGCACUGGAACAUGAACGUAACCUGUGAGCUGCUGGAUUGUGGACUCCCCCCUCCGUCCCUUGUGUUCCACGCCAGUUUCACCUGCCCUGAUGGUACAGAAACAGGGAAAAGCUGCUUCUUCACCUGCCUCCCUCCUGCAAAAUUCCAAGGAAUGAGUCAUUGGGUGACCUGUACAUGGUAUGGUCUAUGGUCUCUCCCUGAAGGCUACUGCAAGAUUGAAUGUGAUGCUCCUACACCCAUUGCCCACGGCAAACUGCUAACCCUCCGCUGCCUGCAGGGUAACCAUGAUGUGGGAUCGACGUGCAGAUACAGGUGUAAGCCGGGCUACCAUGUAGCAGAAGCUGCUGAGCGACGGCCUAGGAGAAAGUUCAUGAAAAUACACUGUCUGCAGACAGGAUUCUGGGGCAUGGGCCGCUGCAUUCCGGUCAUUUGUGACCCGUUACCACUGAUACUCCGCGGGAUGUACAACUGCACUCGAGGACUAGAGGUGGACAGCAAAUGUACACUGUACUGCGGCUCCUACACGGUAUCUACAGUGUGUAGUAAGGACGGGACCUGGACUGAGAAUCUCAGCCUCUGCAAGGGACUUACAGGGACAUGCCCUCCACCCCCUGAACUCAACAGUAUUCAGUACACGUGCAGCCAUGGCCAGGUCAUUGGUGCUAACUGCACAGCCUCAUGUAUUGAUCCCCUCAGUGACCCAGUGAUUCUACCUGAGAACAUGACCUCGGAUUCUGUAGAUCCAUGGAUGAAUCCUACCAGGGUGCAGGAUAUCAUGUGUACAGGAACCCUACGGUGGCACCCGGACCCCACUAGAUUGCACUGUAUCCAAUCUUGUGAGCCCUUUCAAGCAGAUGGCUGGUGUGACACAAUUAAUAACCGAGCGUAUUGUCAGUAUGACGGAGGGGACUGCUGUGUCUCUACUCUGUCCUCACACAAGGGUCGGGUGGUGACCUUUGGCACUGAUUGUGAGGGGGAUGAGUGUACAUGCCUUGACCCAGAAGCUGAGGAGAAUCGAUCUCAAAGGCCAGAAUGGCUGCCACUUCCGUCACUGGCGAUUGGGGAGAACUUGCACACACCAACUACUUGAGGAACCAUUGUGGGGGAAAAAAAAAUCUCACAUUCAGCCAUGACAGCGUCAUCAGUGCAGCUCGGCACCUCACAUGGCCUUUGACACUGAAACAUUUCUAUGUGUCCAGAUGACAUGGAUAGCAUUGGAAAUGGAAAUGGGAGUAUACAACAUGUGUGCACCAUCCUGGAGAACUCCGACUGAGAACUUACGCACAGAAACGUUCAUGUCAUCUUUACCUCCGCCUGUAUUAACCAAAUGUAGACUGAUAUUCCAGAGCACCUCUAUUCAUUGUACAGCGUUCCGUUAUCUGCCCUACACUAUACAGUAUCAGAUAUAUAAGUAUUCUAAGGCAGAUCAUUUGAAAUAUGUCUCUCAGUGUUUGUCCUGUCAUCUGCAUGACCACAGUAUGUUGUGUAUAAUGGAUUAGUUUUGUAUUAGAAAUUUGUCAGUAUCGCUGCAGUCCAAGGUAGUUUAUAAAAUUAUAAUAUAUGAAUAAAUACCAGGGUAUUAAAUGUA